AUGUCCUUAUCCCGAAGCUCCUCAAGUUCCUCUCGACGAGGGCGGCAAGGGGCGGUCUCUAUCUCUCGCCAUGUUCCAGACAGCUCCGUGAGCCCCACACGCACUGCAGCGUCGCCCAGUCGCGAUGCCUCGCCAAAUGGCGGAUCCACGACGGUCAACUCGCUGUAUCACUUGCAAUCUUCCAAUAUGAAGAAAGAGCAGCUCGAUCAGUCUCACGAUGACGCGCCACCUGGCGUUACGUUUGCAGAUGGAAACGAUGGAACGAUCAGAAGGUCUCCUGAUGCGGUGGAGGACGCUGUGGGCAGCCAGCUCGAAGAUGGUGCCAACGAUGUCAAGACAGAAUCAUCAGAUGUCGGACUUCCAGCCCGCAAGAAGCGCAACCCGCACCUCGUCAGCUUCGAGGUGAGUCUCACUUCAAUGAGCGGGCACGCUCGACUUAGACGAGCGAUGUAAUGUCCAAUGCUGCAUGUAAGCUGCUGAUUGCCUGUCGGACAUUCUUGACCUUUAGUAUCUCGACAAGGAAGAUCCGAGGAACCUUGGUAUAUGGCGGAAAUGGUCUAUCCUAGGCAUUGCAUUUGCGCUGGAGACAUGGGCAAACGUCGGUGAGUACUGCGAUCGCGCAAGUUGAGCGAUGUGCUGAGUGUGUGAGCUGAAGCCGACUCACCUACUCGUCCGCCGCAUAGCCUCCUCAAUGGUCGCUCCUGGAAUCGAAGGGAUGGCUGGCGAUCUCAACGUUUCGGUCACCAAGGCUCGCGUCACGCAAGCGGUCUUUCUGUACGGCUUCGCUGUCGGCGCUGUGGUGACCACACCCGUCUCGGAAGACUAUGGACGUCGGCCGACAGUCUUUGGAUUUUCUCUUCUCCUGGCCAUCUUUCAGAUCCCGUGUGCCUUGGCGCCCAACUUUGCCACUGUGGUCGCAUUCCGACUCUUGUCCGGCUUCGUGGCAAGCGUGGCAUUCACCUCGGUUGGUGUGAUCAACGACUUGUUCGAGGCAGACAAUCAAGGCUGGGCUGUCAACACGUUUGCCAUAUCUGCCGAAGCAGGGGCAGUCAUUGGGCCAGUGAUUGGCGGCUACUUGUUCGAGGCUGCUGGAUGGAGAUGGAUCUUUGGCCUGCUGGGUCUGGUACAGGCUCUCCUGAUCGUCCUAUACUUUUUCGGCGUCCCAGAGACGAGAGCGGGAAUCAUCCUCGCCAAGCGCGCCAAGCGCAAACGGUCAGAGACGGGUGACGACCGAUGGUUUGCCAAGCAUGAAGAGGACAGGAAAGCACACACGGCCGCUGUUCUCAUUAGGGAGACCGUCACCAGACCCUUGUUCAUGCUGUUCACCGAGCCCAUCGUAUUCUGGUUCGCCCUAUUUGAUGGAUUCAAGUGAGUGCACAGAAGCCGAGAGGUAUUGGCGCACAUAAGCUGACGGCGAUGCAUUCGCUGUCCUUUGCAGCUACGCCAUCGUAUACCUCUUUCUCGAGGCAUUCGCACUCAUCUACGGCCAGUACAAUUUCAGCAUUGGCGCCCAAGGCUUGCCGUUCCUGGGAGUUCUGAUUGGAUUCCUAAUAGCCUACUUUGGAUACCCAACACAGAUGGCGUACGAGCGUCGUUCGCGCUCCCGCAACAAUGGAGUCUUGCUGCCCGAAGCGCGUCUAGCUUGGAGUCUUCCAGGAGGUGUGCUCUUUGCCGGGUCGCUGUUCUGGUUUGCAUGGACCAGCAUACCGUCGAUUCAUUGGAUUGUGCCGACGCUAGCAGCGGGUCUAUUUGGCGUAUCCAGUCACAUCAUCUUCAUCGCGGUCUCGGAUUACACCAUCGAUGCGUACGGUCCCUUUGCAGCCUCGGCCGUCGGAGCGCAGAGCCUUUUGAGAGAGAUCCUUUCCGGAAGCGUUACUCUGGUGGCUGAGCCCAUGUACCACAACCUGGGCUACCAAUGGGCAUCCUCUCUUUUGGGUUUCAUCGCUGUCCUCUUGGCUUUUGUGCCUCCCAUCCUGUUUUGGUUCGGAUCCAACAUCCGCAAGCGGUCCAGCUUCGCUCAAGAGAUUGCUGCAGCAGAAGAACACGCCAAAAGGGAAGCUCACAUUGCCAAGAUGGUCUACACUAGAAGCUUGUCCAUCGCCCCUCAAGCAUGA